UUCGCUCAUUCUCCUGUGACUGUGAACGGACAGCUGAUUAUUCACAAGAUGGCUUUAGAAGUGGAGGUGCAUCAGAAUGUGGUGGUCAGGAUUAUUAACCUUCCUCUGGUGAGCUCCACCUACAACAUGGUGUCAAGUGCCUAUGUAAACACCAAAGAUAACCAUCCAUAUUUGAAGUCUGUAUGUGAUGUGGCUGAGAAAGGCGUGAAGACCAUCACUUCUGUGGCUAUGGUAGGAGCUGUACCCAUUCUACAGAAACUGGAGCCGCAGAUUGCUGUUGCCAACAGUGUGGCUUGUGUAGGCCUGGAUAAAAUUGAGGAAAAACUGCCAAUUCUCUAUCAGCCUAGUGACAAGGUUGUACACAAUGCCUCAGAACUGGUGGCUGGUGCCAAGGAGACUUUGAUAAACGGCAUUACUGGCAUGGUUGAUAAAACAAAAGGUGCUGUUAAUGGCAGUGUUGCAAUGACAAAGGCUGUUGUGAAUGGCAGCAUUAACACUGUUUUGGGAAGUGGUGUAGCUCAGCAGGUGAGCAGCACAGUUGAUACAGCCUUAACGAAGACUGAAUCUCUGCUGGAAUCUUACUUGCCAGAGACCGAAGAAGAGACAGAAGCAAAGAACACCAAAGGCUUUGAAGUGGCAACAGAAAAACCUAACUACUAUUCCAGACUUGGAUCCCUGUCUACCAAAGCUCGCAAAAGGGUCUACCAGAGAGCUCUGACUCGUGUGGUGGAAGCCAAAACAAAAAGCCAAGAAACUAUUGCUCAGUUGAAUAACACCCUUGACCUUAUUGCAUUGGCAAGUCAAAAAUUUCAUGGUGCUGAAGAUCGAAUCUAUUCCACCAUCCAGGAAUGGAGAAAGGGUUCAGAUGAACAUGCUGAAGAUGAAUCUCAAAGUGCUGAGCAAUCGGAGUUGCACAUCUUGACCAUUGGAAGAAACCUGACAAAGACACUUCAGACAACAUGUCAAUCCCUCCUGUCCAAUAUGCAGACCUACAAUAUAUUCUCUACAACUAUCGUACAAAAAGCAGAGUAUGUUGCUGCAACAGCUAAAACUCUGUACCAAACCUUCCACAACUCACAAAUGUACGGCAACAUGACCCAGCUUGUUAGCAGCAGCAAACUGCGUCUCAGAGAAAUUAAGUAUUCUAUGGAUGACAUGAUGGACCUUGUAGUCAACAAUACACCACUCAACUGGCUGGUAGGUCCCUUUUACCCGCAGGUGUCUGGGUCUCACCAUGGUGAACAAGGUGAUGGGGCAGGCACACCUGAACAAGAUGGGACAGAAAUGAACACUUGCAAUAAAUCACACUCCAGUUAACUUUGUUAACCACCUGGGUGGGCUCAUGUGUACACACCACCCUCUUAACUGAUGUCCUGCUGUAUCAGCACAAUGUCAGUUUUGUAUUGGCAGAAAUGUUCUGUUUUGGCACCACCAGAAAUGUUUCAUAUUGCCACUGUUGGUACAUACUCUGUAACCUUGACCAUUGCUUCAUACAUGCUGUUUUGAUAUUGUAUAAGACACAAAUGCAUAACAAAUUUUUAAAAACAAUAAAUUCUUUAUUGUAAAGUC